UUACAAUCCAGCGCUCCCAACCCGGAAACAACAAGUCAGCUGCUAGGAAGCUGAAGGUGUUUAUCCCUAAAUGAGCUCGAUGGCUAAAGUCGUCAGUCUUUAGGGUGUUAUUCACACGGUUGGAGUUGUUCUUGGACAACGUUGAACUUCUGCUAUCUGUAAACCUGUUACAAGCUGUAACGAUGAAGUCUGUGUUUCUUCUCGAGGCUUUCACUGUGGCUUGUUUUGUGCUUUUAAGCCAAGCGACAGCGAAGAAUUCUGAGGACAUCCGUUGUAAAUGCAUCUGUCCGCCCUACAGAGAGGUCAAGGGACAAAUCUACAAACAAAAUGUCUCUCUCAAAGACUGUAACUGUCUUCAUGUAGUUGAACCGAUGCCAGUUGAUGGAAAAGAUGUGGAGGCAUACUGUUUACGCUGCGAGUGUAAAUAUGAAGAGAGGAGCUCAGGGACAAUUAAGGUUACCAUCAUAAUGUACCUCUCCAUUUUGGGCUUGCUGCUGCUCUACAUGGUCUACCUGACUCUCCUGGAGCCCAUACUGAAGAGACGUCUGUUUGGCCAUUCGCAACUCAUCCAAAGUGAUGACGAUGUAGGGGACCAGCAGCCUUUCGCCAAUGCUCACAAUGUCCUGUCCCAUUCACAAUCCCGACCCAACAUGCUGAACAAAGUGGAGCAUGCCCAGCAGCGCUGGAGGAGGCAGGUCCAGGAACAGAGGAAGUCCGUGUUCGACCGCCAUGUUGUUCUCAGUUAAACUUUCCCGCAAUCAACACUUACUGGUGGAGAGAAAAAAACAAAAAACACUGUGACAGAGCCCUCAAUUUGUAUUGCUUUUUCCUUCUCAUUUGUGGUUUGUGUCUCAUCAAGUGUCACAUUUCCAAAUUGAACUUGGUGAAGAUACAGUGGGGCAAAAAAGUAUUUAGUCAGCCACCAAUUGUGCAAGUUCUCCCAUUUAAAAAGAUGAGAGAGGCCUGUAAUUUUUAUCAUAGGUACACUUCAACUAUGAGAGACAAAAUGAAAAUAAAAUGAAAAAACAAAAAAAAUCCAGGAAAUCACAUUGUAGGAUUCUUAAAGAAUUUAUUUUCAAAUUAUUGUGGAAAAUAAGUAUUUGGUCAAUAACAAAAGUUCAUCUCAAUACUUUGUUAUAUACCCUUUGUUGGCAAUGACAGAGGACAAACGUUUUCUGUAAGUCUUCACAAGGUUUUCACACACUGUUGCUGGUAUUUUGGCCCAUUCCUCCAUGCAGAUCUCCUCUACAGCAGUGAUGUUUUGGGGCUGUCGCUGGGCAACACGGACUUUCAACUCCCUCCAAAGAUUUUCUAUGGGGUUGAGAUCUGGAGACUGGCUAGGCCACUCCAGGACCUUGAAAUGCUUCUUACGAAGCCACUCCUUCGUUGCCCGGCGGUGUGUUUGGGAUCAUUGUCAUGCUGAAAGACCCAGCCACGCUUCAUCUUCAGUGCCCUUGCUGAUGGAAGGAGGUUUUCACUCAAAAUCUCACGAUACAUGGCCCCAUUCAUUCUUUCCUUUACACGGAUCAGUUGUCCUGGUCCCUUUGCAGAAAAACAGCCCCAAAGCAUGAUGUUUCCACCCCCAUGCUUCACAGUAGGUAUGGUGUUCUUUGGAUGCAACUCUGCAUUCUUUCUCCUCCAAACACGAAGAGUUGAGUUUUUACCAAAAAGUUCUAUUUUGGUUUCAUCUGACCAUAUGACAUUCUCCCAAUCCUCUUCUGGAUCAUCCAAAUGCCCUCUAGCAAACUUCAGACAGGCCUGGACAUGUACUGGCUUAAGCAGGGGGACACGUCUGGAACUGCAGGAUUUAAGUCCCUGGCGGCGUAGUGUGUUACUGAUGGUAGCCUCUGUUACUUUGGUCCCAGCUCUCUGCAGGUCAUUCACUAGGUCCCCCCGUGUGGUUCUGGGAUUUUUGCUCACCGUUGUUGUGAUCAUUUUGACCCCACCGGUGAGAUCUUGCGUGGAGCCCCAGAUCGAGGGAGAUUAGCAGUAGUCUUGUAUGUCUUCCAUUUUCUAAUAAUUGCUCCCACAGUUGAUUUCUUCACACCAAGCUGCUUCCCUAUUGCAGAUUCAGUUUUCCCAGCCUGGUGCAGGUCUCCUUUGACAGCUCUUUGGUCUUGGCCAUAGUGGAGUUGGGAGUAUGACUGUUUGAGGUUGUGGACAGGUGUCUUUUAUACUGAUAACGAGUUCAAAAAGGUGCCAUUAAUACAGGUAACGAGUGGAGGACAGAGGAGCCUCUUGAAGAAGAAGUUACAGGUCUGUGAGAGCCAGAAAUCUUGCUUGUUUGUAGGUGACCAAAUACUUAUUUUACCGAGGAAUUUACCAAUUAAUUCAUUAAAAAUCCUUCAAUGGGAUUUCCUGGAGUGUUUCCCCCAUUCUGUCUCUCAUAGUGGAAGUGUACCUAUGAUGAAAAUUACAGGCCUCUCUCAUCUUUUUAAAUGGGAGAACUUGCACAAUUGGUGGCUGACUAAAUACUUUUUUGCCCCACUGUAUGUGGAUAUGUAGAGGAAAAAGUCCCAGUCAAAUGUAUAAUCAAAGCUGGGAACUCUUAUUUUGUCUGCAGGCAGCACAAGAGGUUACAGUGAAUUUGUUGUUGCACAAUUUGAAUAUAUAAAUUAAAUUGUCUUUAAAAAGCAUUUUUCCACAACCAGAAUUUACUCUCUGCCCGCUCUCUAGUUGGCAGAGGUCCCAAGUCCCCUAAGAAUUUGCAGAUAAAUAUUGGAUGUUGGAGAUUAAUACAUUUGAGAUACAAUACAAAUAAAAUAUUAAUCCUCUAACUCUUUCUGGCCACAGUCAGGUGGAUUCCCAUCAGUCCAAAACUGACCAGUCUUUAAAAUCUUUACAAGCCAAACUGGCAUUCAGAGUUAAACCUCCUGAUGUAACUGGAGCUGCCCACUGGCUGCAGUAAUGAUCUGUUAACAUGUAGCUUUCCCCUCAAAACUAACUUAACAGAAACUGCUCUCACCACAAGGGAGCAGAAAAAGUGUAAAAUAUAAGUAUAUCAGCCUUCUUUCAAAAUGCAUGUUUUAUAAUGAAUCUUUUAUAAGUGUGUUUUUGAAUCCUUCAUUCCUACCAUAAUGUCUAAUGUCUGAUAACUGGUGUGAAAUCCAUAAUUUAAUGCAUUACAUUAAAUUAGAAAUUUAAAGUAGUGUCACUGAAAUUCUUUGCAAAAAUCAAUGCAAUCUCUUGGUGAUGUCAUGGUUAUUAUAGCUGUGCUAUUGACCCUCGUCUAUUGAAGACCCUCUUCGACUACCCUUAAAAAUCUAAUGAUUAGUCUUUUUUUUGGUACUUCUGUGCGUUGCUCUAACAUCAGCUCGGUAAUGAAGCAGCAUUAGUAUGACUGUAUGAGUGCAAAGAUUUAUUUGUGUAUAGUUGGGCUGUGUACAGAACUAUGAAAGUGUUCUUAACUAUUGUGUUUGUUUUACCUUUAACUCUGAAAUAAAUCUAUGUAAUAUUUGUGA